AUGGGAAUAAGUUCCACUUAAAUUUAUGAAUAUGGAGCCAUUAGCCUAGGUUAAAAUUUAGCAAAAUGUACUAAUCUUAAGAAUCUAACAAUUAAACUCAACAAUAAUUAAAUUCAAGAUAAUGGCUUAUUAGGACUAUGCUCAGGUCUAUUAAACAUCCCUAAUAUAUCAAGUUCGAAACUUAUUCUUGGGAACACCUUUAUUAGAUCAAAUGGUGCAAUGGGUAUAAGCUCUACUUUACCAAACUUCAUUAAUUAUAUUGAUGAUGAAGGAGCAAUAAGCUUGAGUUCUGCAAUAAGAUAGUGUAAAUAACUGAGAUUUUUGGAACUUGAUCUAGGUCGCAAUUAAAUUGGUGCGAUUGGUGCAUAAGGCUUAGGAUCUGCUUUAGCAAAUUGCAUUAAUCUCUCAAAUUUGACACUUUUGCUUGAUAACAAUGAAAUUGGUGUGAUAGGUGCAUCACGCUUAGGUUCUGGUUUAGCAACUUGCAUUAAUCUCUCAAAUUUGACACUUGAUCUUCAGUAAAAACAGUUUAUUUGUUUUGGAUUGUGA